GUCUCUGCAAUCUAGCUGGGCCGCUGGAGGAGGGACGGUGGGUGCCUUCUGCUCCGCCCGCCAGGAUGGCCUCUAAACUGAAGGAGCGGAAAAGGAUCCCGGUUUCCCACAAAGUGAUCGAAAAAAGGAGGCGGGAUCGGAUCAACCGGUGCCUGAAUGAACUUGGCAAGACCGUACCCAUGGCUUUGGCGAAACAGAGUUCCGGCAAGCUGGAGAAGGCGGAGAUCCUCGAAAUGACCGUCCAGUACCUGAGAGCCCUUCAUUCUGCAGAUUUCCCUCGUGGGAGAGAAAAGGAGCUAUUAGCUGAAUUUGCCAACUACUUUCACUAUGGCUACCAUGAAUGCAUGAAGAAUCUCGUUCACUACCUGACCACAGUCGAACGAAUGGAGACCAAAGAUACCAAGUAUGCACGGAUACUGGCUUUCUUGCAGUCCAAAGCUCAUGUUGCUACUGAGCCCAUCUUUACCUCCCUGGGAUCUCUCCCGGACCCAGACUUCUCCUACCCACUUCCGCCAGCACUAGACUGCCUGGGUCACAGCCCCAAUGACUCCGUUUUCCAGCAGGGCUCUGGACAAGGGCCCAUCACGUGGCACAGCUCUGCAAGAACCCCCCCUAUUCCUUAUCUUCCUAAUACUGCUAUGCCGCUUUCUAGCCCUGGGCAGCAGCGCAGCACUUUCCUGUCAUCAGUACAAGGUCUGGACCGCCACUACCUCAACUUGAUUGGCCAUUCCCACCCUAAUGCAUUCACCCUGCCUGCCAGCCAGCAUCCAUCUAUGCUAUAGCCUGCAUCUGGGAUUGUCAACUCAUUAUCCAAAGAGGGUCCCUGUGCCUUUAACAGCUGCACAGAGAAGUAUAUGGAUCUUGUCUUCUGAAUGCUAUAGUGACAAAAGGAACCAUAUCACCAAAACUCUUCCAGCCACGUCGGUCUUAAAGGCACAGAUGACCUUACAAAGCCAGGUGGUGCUAACCUCACUGGUACACUGCAUAUUUAUAUGAUCUUAAGAGCAAACUAGCCUGAACCUUAGGAUCCUGCCAACAAAUGUAGAUAGAUAUGAAAAUAAUGGUGGAAUAAAUGGAGUGAAAUAAAAAUGAACCACUGGUCAAAGGUCAAAUUGUGGCCAGACUAAAA